AUGCCGAAAGCCGACCCCAAGCAGCCGUUCAAGGAUAAGCUUGCAGUCAAAGGCCACGGAGAAAUUCUGGAAGGAGAUGGUCUUCGCAGAGAAGGUGUUCGAUGGCUGCGCGUUGAGCACGAAGGAAGGGAGGCUUGGAUUCUGAUUGAUGGCAAGGCUGUGGGAGUGAACAGAUGUUUCUUAGAGCCAGUGCCAGGCUGA